GACAACACUACGAACAAGGCCGCAACCUUUUUGAGUGAAGCGUUCAUGUCCAGUCGUCUUAUGCAUGGUUCUGCAGACUCACAUUAUAAUAUUUGGCACUUUCAAAUUUGUGACAGCUAACAAUGAUGCACAGCCUGGGUUUUCUCAUUGGGGUCCAGCUGUACAUGAAGUUGAAGAAAACGACAUUAUCCACAAUGUAGGCCUAACAAGUAAUUCUCAAGGUAAUUUCACAAUAUCUCCUGAGAAAAUUUUGCCUCUUCCUCAGACAAAUCAUAAAAAAGGUAAAACUGUUGUGGUAACAAGCUCUUUAUACAAACAUGAACUCAUGGAUCGAAUUAAGGAGAAGCUCAACAACGAUUUAAAAAAAAGACAAAAAUCAACCAGCAGCCAAGAAAUCACUAAUUCAGCAAGUCAAAAGAAAAUGUAAGGAAGACCAAAAACGUUGGAUACAGAAAUCAAAAGCGCAGGAUCAUAAAACAGAAGGAGAAAGAAAAAGAUGGAGAUAGCAAUACAGAGGAUGAAGAAGAAGAUGCAAACUGUCUCUAUUAUGGAUAUUUAUAUUUCCAAUCUGAUGAGGGGUGGGUUGCCUGCAUUAAAUGCCAUAAAUGGGCAU